AUGGGUCGUUUAGGGAGAUACGCAACCGCGUUGGUACUGUUGUGCCAUUUGCUGGUUGUCCCUUUAAGCUUAGCACAAACCUGUGGCAAACGGAAGGUGGCAAAUCAACUUAUUGUAAACGGUAUCGAAUCAAAGGAGGGCUAUUGGCCAUGGCAUGUGACACUCUUUCACAACGAUGGUCCAUCGUUCGUUUACGCAUGCGGAGGCACGAUUCUGGAUCACAAUACAGUUUUAACGGCGGCUCACUGUGUGAUGACGCGGCAAGGUUUAAUCGCAAAAGAGCUCGUUUUAGUGCACGUUGGACGAAACCGACUACGUGGAGGUAGCAACCGCGCACAAGAACACGAAGCAUUCCAGUUGAUCGUACAUCCGGAAUACAACGUCAACCGCAUUCAGCACGAUAUCGCUCUGAUAAAGCUCACAACCGACAUUACGUACACCGACUAUAUUCAACCGGUUUGCUUGUGGAAUCGAGGCGAUGAUCUGAACACGAUCGAGGGCACAUGGGGUACGGUGAUCGGAUUCGGUAGAGAUGAGACUGGCAAUGUUUCCAACACUUUGCGUGAAGCAAGUAUUCCCGUCGUUAGUCAUAUCACCUGCAUCGAAAGCAACCGAAACGCGUUUGCCUAUCAUCUUACCUCGAAUAUGUUCUGUGCUGGCAAUCGUGAUGGGAUCGGUGCCUGCAACGGUGACAGUGGAGGGGGUUUAUUCUUCAAGUUCAAUGAUGUCUGGUACAUUCGCGGAGUGGUUUCUUUCACUAAGCCUCACCAAAAUACGCUUAUAUGUGACACGAAGGAAUACACCGUGUUUACCGAUGUGGCGAAGUACUUGAAAUGGAUCCAACCACACAUGCGCGCAAGGAGUAGUCAAUCAGUUUUAUCAAGGGAUGAUAGAAAACGUAAAAUCAAAUUGCUUCCGAUGUCCACCUGUGGUAUAGCGCCGUACAAAGUUACGGACAAAAUAUUAAAGCCGUUUCUAUUCGGAUUUCCUUGGGUGGGUCAGCUGGAGUUUAUUGACACCAAAACGAGCAGAAAAAUGUCGAGAUGUCAAGCAACAUUAAUUAACGAUUUCUACUUAGUUACCAGUGCGCGCUGCAUAACCGACAUCGAUUUUCGAUAUACCUUAUCGUCCGUGCGGUUGGGAGAGUAUGAAAAAAAUAGCCUGUUCCCGAACUGUAUCAUGGUAGAAGGAAGAAAGGUUUGUUUGCCAUCGGAUCAAUUAUUGAGCAUUGAGUCGGUAACCACACACCCUUACUACAACAAAGAAUAUUUGGAAAAUAAUAUUGCACUUAUCCGCCUACGAGACCGAGCGGACACUAAUCAGAGCAACGUGAAUCCGAUCUGCCUUGCAGUGAAUGGUGAAAUUUCUAAUUUGGACAAACCUUUUAGUCAAGCUUUUGGUUUCGGCAGUCGUUAUGGGGGUAUAACAUAUGGUUACGUUGCUGAAAUUUGCCAUUGCUUGGAGGAGGAAACUACAAGUCAGAUAUGUGCCAAGCAGCAAUUCAGUCAAGGCAGCUAUAUCACAGAAACAUCUGGAGCUCCGUUACAGUAUACGAAAAACGAUAAGUAUUUUUUGUUGGGAGUGUUAUCGCACAAAGAUUCGUCGUGUAAACUGGCAAACCCGGAAGUGUACACUAACGUGAUCAACUACGUAGAUUGGAUUCUAGAAAACAUACAAGAGUAG